CUGUUUGCACACGUUUCAUAAACACAACCAGGAAAUUCUUGAGUUCAGAGAAACUGAAACUGUUGGGCUGUUGUGUGUUUAGUUUUAUUGUUUGUAAGUAAAUACGGUAAAAUGGCAGAAGCGAGUAUUUCAGUGGUUCAGGAUCAGUUCAUCUGUUCAAUCUGUCUGGAUUUACUGAAGCAUCCAGUGAUCAUUCCAUGUGGACACAGUUACUGUAUAAGCUGUAUUACAAACUGCUGGGAUCAAGAUGAUCAGAAGAGAAACUACAGCUGCCCUCAGUGCAGACAGACCUUCAAUACAAGACCUGUUUUAUAUAAAAACACCAUGCUGGCUGAAGUGGUGGGGAUGCUAAAGAAGAAAAAACUACAAGCUGCUCGUCCUGAUCACUGUUAUGCUGAAGCUGGAGAUGUGGAGUGUGACGUCUGUACUGAGAGAAAACACAAAGCUGUCAAGUCCUGUCUGGUGUGUCUGAACUCUUACUGUCAAACUCAUUUUAAACUUCAUGAAGAACUUUACUCAGUAAAGAGACACAAAGUGAUAGACGCCACUAGACGACUUCAGCAGAUGAUCUGCCCUCAACAUGAGAAACUUUUAGAGAUUUACUGUAAAACUGAUCAGCUCUGUAUAUGUUAUCUGUGUAUGGUGGGGAAGCACAAAAAUCAUGAUACUAUACCAGCUGCAGCAGAGAGGACUGAGAAACAGAAAGAACUGAAGGAGACACAAAGAAAAUACCAUCAGAGAAUCCAGGAGAGUCAGAAGAAGCUUCAGGAGCUGAGAGAUGCUGUGGAGACUCAUAAGUGCUCUGCACAGAUAGCAGUGUAUGACACUGAGAGGAUCUUUACUCAACUGAUCCGAUCCAUUGAGAGAAGACAAUCUGAGGUGAUACAACUGAUCAGAGAUCAGGAAAAGGCUGCAGUAAGUCGAGCUGAAGGACUCUUGAAAAGACUGGAGCAGGAGAUUGAUGAUCUGAGGAGGAGAGACGCUGAGCUGGAGCAGCUUUUACACACAGAUGAUCACAUCCAUUUCCUCCAGAGUUUCCAGUCUCUCUCUGUUCCUCCUGGAUCUACAGACUCACUCAGCAUCACUGUCAGCUCUCUCAUCUCUUUUGAUGAUGUAGGAAAAUCUGUGUCUCAUCUGAGAGAGAAACUGGAGGAUUUCUGUAGAGAAGAGAUAGAGAAGAUAUUUGAUAAAAGUAAAGCACCUGAACCUGAGACCAGGGAGCAGUUCCUAAAAUAUUAUCAUCACUUCACUGCAGAUCCAAACACAGCACAUAAUGAUCUCCGUCUUUCUGAGGGGAACACAGUGAUUACUGACGUUGGCUUAGAGACAGAGCCGUAUCCUGAUCAUCAAGACAGAUUUGAUGGUUGUUAUCUUCAGGUGUUGUGUAGUGAGAGUUUGAGUGGACGCUGUUACUGGGAGGUUGAGUGGAGUGGUUUGGUUUAUAUCUCAGUGUCAUAUAAGAGCAUCAGCAGGAAGAGAGGUCUUAAGUGUUUGUUUGGAUAUAAUGAUCAAUCCUGGAGUUUGUUCUGCUCUGACUGCAGUUGUUCAUUCUGGCACAAUAAGAUUGAAACUGAACUGCCUGUAGUGCUCAGAUCUUCUAGAAUAGGAGUUUAUGUGGAUCACAGUUCAGGAUCUCUGUCCUUCUACAGCGUCUCUGACACAAUGACCCUCAUCCACAGAGUCAACACCACAUUCACUAAACCUCUCUAUCCUGGGUUUUGGGUUUAUAAUGGAUCUGUGAAACUGUGUGAUCUAACAAUAUAGAUGAUACAGAGAGUCUACAAAUAAUUUUGUCAUAUUAGAAGUCUGAACAUGAUGAAUCAACACAAUGAAAUAAUAAGUCUUUCAUUUACUAAUUAGUAAUUUUAAAUAACUGAUUGC